AUGGCACCUCCACCCACACCGUUUAUUGACGCCCAGGCUGUUUCCGGCAUCACUGGUUCGAUAUCCAUCGCAUGCUGGAUUAUCGUCUUUGCUCCACAAAUCUACCAGAACUUUGCACGUCGCAGUGCAGAUGGGCUUUCCCUUCUUUUUGUUGUGCUCUGGCUUCUUGGAGACAUCUUUAACGUCAUAGGGGCGGUCCUCCAGGGCGUGCUUCCGACGAUGAUCAUCCUUGCAAUCUACUAUACCCUUGCUGAUAUCGUUCUCUUAUGGCAAUGUCUGUACUACAGACACGGCAGCGGGAAAAAGGUGGACCCUAUCCACUUGUCACCUGCAAACCCUCUCAACAGCGAGGCGGAGCCUCUUCUUGAGUCGGUGAUGUCCAACGAACACCACCACCAUCACCACCACCAUCGCCACGAGGAUGGAGCUGCAAAUGGCUCUAACGAGGCAGACGAAGAUAGCCGCUCGUCGUGCUCUUCUGCAUCGUCUGUGGCUGGUUCUGACUUGACCUACAACUUGAUAAUGGUAUCUCUCGUCAUCAUAGCAGGCCUAGGAGGGUGGUAUUUUGGCGGCUCCGGAAAGGGCUCCGACGAUCCACCAAAGGGCGACGACGGCUUGGAGUUUAACCCGCUUGCACAGACUUUCGGCUGGCUAUGCGCUAUACUAUACCUCGGCUCGAGAAUACCUCAGAUCUUGUUGAACUUCGAACGUAAGUCCUGCGACGGAAUCUCCUUCUUGUUUUUUUUGUUUGCGUGUUUGGGUAACGUCACCUACGUUGUGUCCAUUCUUGCCGUCUCCACGGGCAGAAACUAUCUUCUGGUGAACUCCUCGUGGUUGAUCGGUAGUUUUGGUACUUUAGCAGAGGAUUUCAUCAUUUUCUGCCAGUUCUUCAUGUACAACAAA